UCAUCCCCAAACGAGGGCCUCUCUCUCUCUCUCUCUCUCUCUCUCUCUCUCUCUCAACCUUUUUUCUGUAGUAUUAUUUACUAUGUAGGAUAGAAGAAUCAGAAUAAUUCUCCAGCAUCUGCAUAUUAUAUAGAUAUAUAUUUAUAUAAAUAAUAUAUUAUUACGAAUAUAAAUUUUCUUCAGUUUUUCAGGCAGCAUAUAAUUUAAGCUAGAUCACUUAGAACAUUUUCUUCAAAUCUAAUCACCAUGACUUCAGUCAUCAACAUGGACGGUCAGGAUCAGAUACUCAGCGAUCUUAUCAAUUCAUCCACCCAGCAACAUCAGCAACCAAACAUCACAAAAACCAUAAAAUCACAUUCGUUUUGAAAUCUUUGAAUUAGAUAUUUGGGUAAUUAUAGAAGGGGGAAAUGCAGAGCAACACAGACAACGUUGAAAAGAGAUGUGGGAAUCAUGGUGGGGUGUGUGCAAUAUGCUUGGAUGAGAUUAUGCUUCAAGAAACUGCUCUCGUAAAAGGUUGCGAGCAUGCCUACUGUGCAACCUGCAUUCUUCGUUGGGUGACAUACAGCCAAAAACCCACCUGCCCUCAAUGCAAACAUCCAUUUGAGUUCCUGAAUGUCCAUCGUUCGCUUGAUGGCAGCAUACAUGACUACAUGUUCGAGGAGAGCGUGUGCUUACUUCUUAGAGCAAAAUGGUUUGAGCCUCUGAUUGUGGAGGAACGUGAAGAUGUGUAUGAUGACCCUGAUGAUUAUUAUUACCCCUACGAGGACGAAGAGGAUGAUGAUCUGGAUGAAGCUUACUUCAGCAGUUCAUCGAGUAUCCGAAUCGGUAAUCGAAGAUGGGGAGAUAAUGGAUAUGUGAGAGGUGGGCGUCAAGAAGCAAGGCCUGUUAACAGAUCAAACAUAGAGGACUCGGGUGCUAGUUCGUCUCGUGAGCCUAGGAAGAAAGAGGCUGCAAUGGAUAAAACUGGGAGACGUGCGAAGCGGGCACUUAAACGUGAAGCUGCUGAUAAGGCUGCUGCAGCAAAACAUCAGCAGCAUUUGGCAAGGUUGGGCCGGAAGUAAUUUCCUUUGUGCAACUGCGUUAUAUGGCAGAUAUUGAAACCCUCCCACCCCAUCUCCUGUACAGUAAUUCCAUGACCUUUUUUCCUUUGGGUUAAGACUGUAUUUGCCGUAACUAUGUGAAAUAAUGUACCAUCAAAGGGAAGGAAAAGGAAAAAAAGAAAAGAGAAAAAAAAAAAACAAAGACGCUGUGAAUAAUGACUGACUGGUCUCUGUAUUCUUAAAAAUUGUUCAGAUUACAUUUAACCAAAACAAAAAAAAAAAAAAGUUUCAGUUC